UAUCGAUAAUGGCUAGAUGGAUGGUGGGAUGUUUGUGUGGCUAAUCUUGGCUUGAAGUGGCUGGAGCAGAGCCCUGGAGGUUUCCAAGCGUGGCUGGUCUGUGAAGGUAGGUACAUGAUAUAGGUACCUGGGUCAGUGCUGGGUCAACGAGAAGGAGACAGAGCCUCGGCCGGCAGGGGUUCCGAAUAAACUAGUUAGAUCAACAACGCGAGCCAGCCACCCCCAACCACGCCUGAUGUUCAGCUUGACCAGUCCAGACUAUCUUCAACUUUGCGUUAUAGGUGCCGCAUCAAGACGAACCCAUAAUACUAUAUGAAAAAGCGGUGGCCUUUUCGGGCGCGCAUUGCCAUGAUCCCACUAGAAUAAAUGUCGUCGUACGAAUCCUCGAGAUCCCGUCGCAGGGUCUGGAGCCACUGGGUUCCCCUUGCUGUUACUGUCACGAUUGCCACUGUUGGAGUCGCCGCCUGGGCCUGGAGUCAGCGCAACAACGAAGAGGAGGAGAGCGAUGCUGCGCCUGCAGACCUCGACUAUGAACAUGCAGACUACGGCGAGAACCCUCCAUACGGCGCAAACAGUCGAAGUGCGCGACAGCCUACGACAAAGGCAACCGUAACGGCCGAUGACGUGAGCUAUGGUGUCGGAGAUGUACAUCCGGAGGCGAGCGGCGCUGCCGCCGGUUGGGGCGCGCAGAUGUCUGGCGCAUUGCGACGGACUCCGAGUCCGCAGCAAUUCCUUUCCAAUGCUGGCAAAACCGUUGCGGCGGGAGUAGCUGGGGUUGGUGCCGCUGUUGGCAGCGCUCUAGCUGCUAUUCGAGAGGAGGAUAAGAACGCAUAUGCCGACCACGAGACCUGGUCCGAGGAGGCUGAGGCGCGUAGGGAGAAGCCCUCGUCCAAAUCAUCCCCACAACCCCAAGAGCCCGCCCAACGUCGCAAAACAGUCGUCAUCAUCGUGUCAGCAGAUACGAAUGUAGACGAUUUCGACGAGUCCGGAAUUCACGAACAUGCGUCUAUUUUGUCGCACAUUCCCAAGAGUGUUGACUUCUCCAAGAUCAAACUAUUUGUGUUGAUCUACGCACCGGGUAUUAAGGAGACCGGUAUUGAGGCACCAGCAAGUAACCUACCUCCGGCUUCUUUGAGUUCAUCAUUCUCAAACAUAAGUCAUAAUCAGGCUCAAAUACCGGGCGAAGAGACCAAGAGUCCUCUGCUAGCGGCGAACUCAGCCAAUUCAGCUUUCAACGCUGCGUACUCCCAAGCUCUGGCUCUUGUCGAGAAAGAAUCGAUGAUCAUGCCAUUUACGACUUCAGGCGGCUACGUACACAUGUUGCGACACCUUGAGCCUGAAGUAAUAUACCUCCAAGGAUCACUCGCUGGAGAAAACGGGGCUCUAGUCACACAGCUUCAGUCAUGGCUCCGGCAUGAUAUCAUCCUUGUCGUCGGUGCUGACGGUGGCCACGGCGGGCUCGCUGAUAGCGAGUCUGAAGCGGAACAGCCCGAGAAGAAAGAGGUAUGGUGGCAGAAGGAAGAAAGAGUCGGGCGAGGCCGAGGGGUGGUGGUAGUGGACAGCCUGAGAGUAGGCGAUGAUUGGGGUCGCCGUGUUCAGGGUAAUGAGUGAUGACUUCUUGCGCUCUGGCUACUUGCUUGGGUUGUUUUGUGUGUAGCGCUGCUGCUAUUGAUACACUAGAUGAUAUAUAUAAGCUAUAUUGUGAAAAAUAUUUAAGGUGGCCGGGG